UUUUUGAACUUGAUGAUGACACCAACAAUUUGCAAAUUCCUAACUUGGUGGCUAACCCAGCAGGUGACUGGGCUGCCAUUGUCUUCCAUGCUGGACAUGGCUCCCAAUGCCUUUGAUGAUCAGUAUGAGGGCUGUGCCCAACAAAUGGAGAAAAAGGCACCCAAACUGUUACAGGAAGACUUCAACAUGAAUGAGGAAUUUAAACAUGAGUGGAAAAAGGCAGAGGAAAAAUGGAAGCAGAUCAAAAAGAAGAGUUACCCCAAAGGUUUCAAUGAUUUCCAUGGAACAGCAUUAGUUGCCUACACUGGGGACAUCUACAACAGCUUUAAUAAUGCUAUUAGAAACUUCAAAAAAAAUCCUGCUAACUUCCACUUCAAGGCCUUCCAUUACUACUUAACAAGAGCUCUUCAGUUCUUGAGUAACCAGGGUUGUCGUUUAGUUUACCGAGGCACUGAUAUCACGUUUGAAUACAAUGGGAAGGGCUCUGUGCGAUUUGGGCAAUUCCUAUCCUCAUCUUUAAAGCAGAGUAAAGCUUUUUCUCCACCAUUUUUCAGUGGACACGGGACAAAAUUUUUCAUCAAAACUUGUUUGGGGAUUUAUAUCAAAGAUUUUUCUUACUACCCUGAGGAAGAGGAGGUGUUAAUUCCAGGCUAUGAAGUAUAUCAGAAAAUCACAACAAAAAAUGCAAAACAGUACAUAGAAAUUUAUCUAGACUCUCCGGAAAAGAAGAAGAGCAACUUCAAUUGUUUCUAUAGCGGUUCUACUAAAACAGAUGACAUUAGCAGCUCAGGAUCCAGAUAG